CUUUCUAAACGUUGCAGGUCCAGAGGUUGGCCGAAUACGAGAGGUAUCUGGGCCAAGAGGCGAGAAAUCUAGUGGAGAACGGAAACGGAAGCGUCGGGAGUGGCGCUGUUCUUCAACGUGGACAGCUCGAGGGUGAUCUUCACCGUAUUCAGGAACUCUUCCCUGGUGACAAUCUCCGGCUACACGAGCGAGAUGUCCUCACCACGAAAAUGAAGAGUCUGAUUCGCAAGAGGAACAGCGGCAAUCCUGGAAGGCUGACGAGAGUGUUGUCGCAGAAAUCUUUAAAUGUGUCCAACAACUCACCGGCCCCGAAAUCACCGCCGAGGACCUUCCUCUUGGAGACACCGGUGCAAUUCACCACGGGCGUGCAGUCCCAGGACAGACAUCUUUUCCUUUUCUCCGAUCUGUUGCUCAUAGCAAAAGCGCGAAGCGGGGGUAACUUUAAGCUGAAACAAUCCGUAAGAAUGAGCGAGCUAUGGCUAACUGCCGGCCACAUAGAGGACGUGGCCGAAACGAGCAAGUCGCAAGAGACGAGCUUCGUCCUUGGCUGGCCAACUACGAACGUCGUUGCAACUUUCAUGACUGCUGCAGCGAGGGACCUUUGGUGGGGACGUUUGACCGAACUUGUACGAGAGGAGAGUAUGAAAGAGCCGCCGGACACGAACAUUCAAGUCGUGUAUCACGACAGUGACACGAACACGGAAUACUGUAAGACGAUUAUGGUGGGAUCCGAGAUGACAGCGGCGGCCUGCGUGAACUUGGCUACACGCCUCCUGGACCUUCAAGGGCCUUUCCAAUUGUGGGCCAGAACGUCCGCCGACGAGGCGCCCUACCCACUCAUAGGACACGAGAGGCCUUUCGCCGUCAAACUGUCGAAUCUGAGACACACGCUGUCCGCGGAAGAAGGUUUCGAUCUGGAGCACUGCAAUAAAAGUGGACACGACACGUGCCACUUUAUACUCCGGCCGGUACCAAAGUCGCCGGUGAAGAAGAACAAAUCGAAGAUCACCGGGUUACUAAGGAGAUCCCUUUCGUUGAACCCGAGUUUGUUCGGAGUUAAUUUGUCCAGGCUCGAUGAGAAUGGAUUACCCAAGCCUGUGUUAGUGAUGCUUCAACAAUUGUUCGCCAAGGGACCAUUCACGCAAGGGAUCUUCAGGAAAUCGGCCAACGUUCGAAUCGUUCGCGAGCUACGUGAUCAAAUCGAAUCUACCGGCGAUCCUAGCUGCUUGGAGGAUGCUCCGAUCAUAGCCGUGGCCGCACUGCUCAAAGAUUUCCUCAGAUCUUUACCGGAUCCUUUGCUAACUUCCCAUCUAUUUCCUCUCUGGAUGGACAGCUUGGACACACCGAAUCCUGUUCAAACGAUUAAAAAUAUUUUAGAUAGAUUACCGAAAGCGAAUUACACGCUGCUGUCGCAUCUGAUUUGCGUUCUGCACCAUGUGGCACGGCGGUCAAAGCACAAUCUCAUGUGCGCCAGUAAUCUGGGCGUGUGUUGCGGGCCAAGUUUACUCUGGUCGCCAAAUCCGUCAGUGAAUCAGAGCAGGGCGAUUCCUACGUUGACGGAGAUGCUGAUUCGUCAUUGUGAAGUCCUGUUUGGGGAGGGCGUCACGCAGCUUCUUGGGGAAGAGCGUAGCGACACAGGUGGGCUUUCUCUGGAUAGCCUGGACCUGACGGAACCACCGCGCAAGGACCACAUGUCACUUUCGAGAGACUCCGGUUUGACCCUGUCGGAUUGUCAGCUGUUCAUACCAGAGUCUCCAGUGGGCUCCGAGGAUUCCGCCGUGAAUGCCUCGUCGUCCAGUUUCGACAAGUCUCUCGCCAAGGAGGACAAGUCUACCAGCAAGUCGUACAUUCGCGUCUACGGUGGAUGGGAGGAACGAAUAAACGGUUACGCAGCAAACAAUCAUCACACGAGCACCGUGGAGCAUAAUUUCAGGGAGGAGAAGAACAGCGUCGGUUAUCCGAAUCCAAAUUUCCAGAGGCAAGACUGGCUGAGGGCUCAGCUGAAGAGAACGCCAAGGACGAAGCUGGAUGAACACGAUCACCGUAAAGACAGGUUCGACGAGAAGGAUAUCUACGGCAGGGACUAUCUCAGACAAGACUCCAUGAAGGAGAACGUAGAAAAUUGCAAAGAUAUAUACAGCAGGAACUCGCAGCUGGACAUAACGCGGGACCUUCGGUCGGAAUACGAAAGAGCCACACAGCAGGACACCAUCUGCACGGAACGAGUCUCCAUUCACAAUUCGGAGCAGGAUCUGACGGGAGACACGACGCUGUCCAGCGACAGAUACGAAUUCAAGAAGGAGCGAUUUAACGAGUUCAAGAAGGUCAAGUCGGAAAUGUAUGUUAAUCGCGAGUCACCCGUCUCGCAGAACGGUAGCUACCAUUCGGGAAGCGAUUUGUACGAGUUCAAGAAGGUGAAAAGCGAGAUAUACGUGAACAAAGAGACGACCCGUACGGAGAGAUACGAAUCGGAGAGCAGCAUCUACGGGAACAGGGACAGAACGGGCGAGAUAUACGGCUCGAGAGAGAGGAACGAUUUGUAUUCGUUCAAACAGGCCGAGGCCAUCGAUUUGUACGGCGACGAGGACGACGAAGAGGAGAGAACGUGGCCGGAUACACCACCACCACUACCACCGAGAUUGAGGCAUCUGCCACCGGUACACAUGAAUCUGGAAGACAGACACAAAGUGGCUGGCAGGUCAAGGUCUUUACCACCGCCGCCUCCUUAUCGUCCACCUCCUCAACCUCGUGCUUCGGUUACCACCAGACACCUAGGAUACGGAAGAUCCGUCGUCGAUGACGAGAGUUACGUUUAGUACGAAACCAGGAGCCAUUACAAGUCUGUGUGUACGUGUGUCGUGUGCGAAUGCGUGUGUGUGUAUGUUAGCACCUCGAGAGAAUCAAAGAAUCGAAAAAAUAAGUCGCGGAUCGAGAUCGUGAAUACACGUCGUCUCGUUAACGACUAAAACUAGUCCAAACUGGAACGCACGUACAAUAUUGGGGACAAUAGCUGAUCUGUAUAAUAUCGUGGUCAUCGAUGAAUGAAGGAUUAUACAGAGUUGUUUUAUCGCGUAAAACAGAUCGAAAAAAAAAGAGCGAAAUGUAAUUACGUUUGCCGAUGUAUUCGUAAGACGCAAAACGCGUCGAUUUUUAGCGAUAGGACUUGACUGUUAUACAGUGAUC